GCUUCUUUUGAGCGUUUUAGGUUUUACUUAUCAUUAUGUCUGGACGCGGCAAACAAGGAGGAAAGGUUCGGGCUAAGGCAAAGACCCGCUCAUCCCGGGCAGGGCUCCAGUUCCCCGUCGGUCGUGUACAUAGGCUUCUCCGCAAAGGGAACUACGCCGAGAGGGUUGGCGCCGGUGCUCCGGUCUACCUGGCCGCUGUGCUGGAGUAUUUAACCGCUGAGAUCCUGGAAUUGGCCGGUAAUGCCGCCCGGGACAACAAGAAGACCCGCAUCAUCCCCCGUCACCUGCAGCUUGCCGUGCGCAAUGACGAGGAGCUGAACAAGCUGCUGGGUGGGGUGACCAUUGCCCAGGGAGGCGUCCUGCCCAACAUCCAGGCCGUGCUGCUGCCCAAGAAGACCGAGAGCAGCAAAGCGGCCAAGAGCAAGUGAUCGCCGCUUACCCCAGACCCAUCCUGAACACCAAAGGCUCUUCUAAGAGCCGCCCACAUUGUCUACUACAGAGCUGGCACCGCUGAUCUCGGGUGUGAUA